CGGCAGUUCCCCCGGCCCGAGAGAGCGAGCGCGGCUGCGGGCGCGCGGGGAGCAGAGGCGGUGGCGGGCGGCGGCGGCAUCGGGAGCCGCCGAGUCGCCCCUCCCCGCCCCUCCGGCCCCCCAGCCACCCACCCGCCCGUGGCCCGCGCCCAUGGCCGCGCGCGCCCCGCGCAGCCCCCAGGACUCCGCGCCCAGCGCCGCCGCCCAGCCCGCAGCUCCGCGCCACCGCGGCCAUUCUCACCUGGCGGCGCCGCCCGCCCACCUCUCCGGCCACAGCCCCUGCGCCCACGGCGACAGCCGCUGCGACCGCGACAGCGGUGGGGGACGCUGCUGAGUCCAAGAGAGGACAGCCUGGCCACCGGACCUACUGACUCGCCUUGCUGAUUGUCUAUUUUUAUAAGAGUUUACAACUUUUCUAAGAACUUUUGUAUACAAAGGAACUUUUUUAAAAAAUAAAAAAAGAGACGUCUUCAAUUUAUAUUUAAUCGAAAGAAGAAGCAUCUCGGGCAAUUCGGGUUUUUUGGUUCUUUUUUUUUUUUUUUUUUUUUUUUUGGCUUCGUUUUUAAGGUUUUAUUUCUCACCCCUCUUCGUCGGCUUUGGGGUUCGGGUACCCUCGCUGCUUCGGGCUCCCAAGGAUCGUCUGGGCCCCCACAUUAAUGAGGCAGCCACCUGGCGAGUCUGACAUGGCUGUCAGUGACGCCCUGCUCCCGUCCUUCUCCACGUUCGCGUCCGGCCCAGCGGGAAGGGAGAAGACACUGCGUCCGGCAGGUGCCCCGAAUAACCGCUGGCGGGAGGAGCUCUCCCACAUGAAGCGGCUUCCUCAGGUGCUUCCCGGCCGCCCCUACGAUCUGGCGGCGGCGACUGUGGCCACAGACCUGGAGAGCGGCGGAGCCAGCACGACUUGCGGAGGCAGCAACAACCCGGCACUCCUACCCCGGAGGGAGACCGAGGAGUUCAAUGAUCUCCUGGACCUAGACUUUAUUCUCUCCAACUCGCUGUCCCACCAGGAGUCGGUGGCAGCCACCGUGUCCUCGUCUGCGUCUGCCUCGUCCUCGUCUUCCCCGUCGAGCAGCGGCCCUGCCAGCGCGCCCUCCACCUGCAGCUUCAGCUACCCCAUCCGGGCCGGGGGCGACCCGGGCGUGGCGCAGGGCGGCGCAGGCGGUGGCCUGCUCUAUGGCCGGGAGUCCGCGCCUCCUCCCACGGCUCCCUUCAACCUGGCGGACAUCAACGACGUGAGCCCUUCGGGCGGCUUCGUGGCCGAGCUCCUGCGGCCCGAAUUGGACCCCGUGUACAUCCCGCCGCAGCAACCGCAGCCGCCAGGUGGCGGGCUGAUGGGCAAGUUUGUGUUGAAGGCGUCGCUGAGCGCGCCCGGCAGCGAGUACGGCAGCCCGUCGGUCAUCAGUGUUAGCAAAGGCAGCCCUGACGGUAGCCACCCGGUGGUGGUGGCGCCCUACAGCGGCGGGCCCCCACGCAUGUGCCCCAAGAUCAAGCAGGAGGCCGUCUCUUCGUGCACCGUCGGCCGGCCGCUAGAGGCCCACUUGGGCGCUGGACCCCCUCUGAGCAACGGCCACCGGCCCACUGCACACGACUUCCCCUUGGGGCGGCAGCUCCCCAGCAGGACUACCCCGACCCUGGGUCCCGAGGAACUGCUGAACACCAGGGACUGUCACCCUGCCUUGUCGCUUCCCCCGGGCUUCCAUCCCCACCCUGGGUCCAACUACCCACCCUUCCUGCCCGACCAGAUGCAGCCGCAGGUCCCGCCACUCCAUUACCAAGAGCUUAUGCCGCCUGGUUCCUGUUUGCCGGAGGAGCCCAAGCCCAAGAGGGGAAGGAGGUCGUGGCCCCGGAAAAGGACGGCCACCCACACCUGUGAUUACGCGGGUUGCGGCAAAACCUACACAAAGAGUUCUCAUCUCAAGGCGCACCUGCGAACCCACACAGGUGAGAAACCGUACCACUGUGACUGGGAUGGCUGUGGGUGGAAGUUUGCCCGCUCCGAUGAACUGACCAGGCACUACCGCAAGCACACCGGGCAUCGCCCAUUCCAGUGCCAGAAGUGCGACCGGGCCUUUUCCAGGUCGGACCACCUUGCCUUACAUAUGAAGAGGCACUUUUAAAAUUCCAGACAGUGGACAGAACCCACACUGCCAGAAGAGAGUUCAGUAUUUUUCGCCUUUCAUACUGUCUUCCCGAGGAGGCGGGAGCACAGCCGGAAAGCACUACAAUCAUGGUGGAGUUCCCAGGGAGUCCAUUUGUGAACCCAUAAUCAGCAGAAAGGAGGAAUCCGAAAGACACGAAUCAAAAGAACAUUUGGGGUCUGUGACUGGAUCUUCUAUCAUUCCAAUUCUCAAAUCCAACUUGAAUAUUCCUGGACUUAACAAGAAAUGCCAAGGGGGGUCACUGGAAGUUGUGGAUAUCAGGGUAUAAAUUAGAUCCAUGAGUUGGGGGGCGGGGGAGGGAAGACCAGAAUUCCCUUGAAUUGUGUUUUGAUGCAAUAUAAGUAUAAAGAUCACCUUGUAUUCUGUUUGCCUUCUAAAAGCCAUUAUGACCACGUUGGAAGAGGAGGAAAUUCAGGUACAAAAAAAAAAUGUGUGUCAAUAGCCUAAAUGAUGGUGCUUGGUAAGUCUUGGUUGUAAAGGUACCAAAUGAGGAAGCCAAAGUUCUCGAACUGCUGCAUAUCUUUGACAAGGAAAAUCUAGUUUUUGUCUUCCGAUCUACAUUUAUGACCUAAGUCAGGUAAAUAGACCUGGUUUACUUCUUGUAACAUUUUGAUGCAGACAGUCUGUUAUGCACUGUGGUUUCAGAUGUGCAAUAAUUUGUACAAUGGUUUAUUCCCAAGGAUGCCUUAAGCAGAACAAAUGUGUUUUUUUCUAUAUAGUUCCUUGCCUUAAUAAAUAUGUAAUAUAAAUUUAAGCAAACUUCUAUUUUGUAUAUUUGUAAACUACAAAGUUAAAAAUGAACAUUUUGUGGAGUUUGUAUUUUGCAUACUCAAGGUGAGAAUUAAGUUUUAAAUAAACCUAUAAUAUUUUAUCU